AUGGCUGCACCACUCCCCCAGAAAUUCGAUGACCUCCCCGACAAGCGCCGAUACUGGCCCGGGCGCCCGGGUUCAUCAGAAGAAGGCCUGGGAAUGCUACGCCUCCUGACGCCCGAGAUAGUUGCCGAUGCUGCACAAACACAGAUUCAGACCGGCGAACGGGUAUGUUUAAACUGGGACAUUGAGAACCUGAGCCCACCAGGCUUCGGCCGCAAGCCAUUCGAGCACACUAUCAAAUGGGUCGCCAAGGGUGUCGCCUUCGACGACGAAUACCACUUCAACCCGCAACAGGGCUCCCAAUGGGACGGCCUACGCCACCACAAUGCACCCGCGCCGACACCAGAGGAUCCCGAGCGGAGACUAUUCUACGGUGGCACGACGGCGGCGGAGAUCAUCGACUCGGACUCCCCGCGUAUCGGAAUCGGGUUCUGGGCGAAGAAAGGCAUUGCCGGUCGCGGUGUGCUUAUCGACUACGUCUCCUACGCCGAGAAGAAGGGGAUCCCGAUCAACGCCCUGACCCGCCAGACGAUCACCCUGGACGAGGUACAGGAGAUUGCGCGCGAGUGCAACAUCUCCUUCCAGAAGGGUGAUGUUUUCUUCCUGCGCGUCGGUCUGCCAGGUACAUGGGCUGCGAUGUCGGAAGCCCAGCGCAAGGAAUACAGUGCGCAGGAGACGCCACAGCACAUGGGCAUUGAGCAGAGCGAGCGCGUUCUGCGCUUCAUGUGGGAUAACCAUUUCGCGGCCGUUGCAUCCGAUGCGGUUAGCUUUGAGGUUUUCCCAGCAAAGGACCCCGAGUUUGAUUUGCAUCAUCAUCUUCUGGCCGGUUGGGGUGUGCCUAUUGGUGAGAUGUUUGAUCUGGAGGAGUUGGCUGCUACAUUCCCUUGA